GAUACUUGUCGACCUGUUCUUGGCAAGAAUAUAAUUCAGUUUUCUGGCUCGGGUUGAGCAGAAAGUAGCAUUCGUCUAUAUAUCGUAAAAAUGGUCGCUCAUCGCUGCGUUAUUUUUAAAAUCUUGUUCAUAUUUCUCUUGUGUGGGAGUGUUAUUUGUGCCAAUUCAAAAAAUAGACAGCAAAGAGGAUGCCAAAUCAAACUCCCUACGGACAUACCAAAAGGCGAACCCCUAUACCUUAGUGGCAACCCAGGGAGAUUCCGGUUAUUUAAACCAAUCAAUCAGACAAACCACUUAGCUGUGAAUUCAAAGCUAACUCUCUUCUGUCCUGGCCGCCGUAACACUCUUCUGAACUCACCAAAUAAUAGUACUGAAUUGACCUGUGGAAGUGGAAAUCGAUUCGUCAAUGAAAAUGGUCACGAGGUGAAUCUAUCACAAUUCAACUGUACUCGCGGUAUUGAAGGAGAUCUACAUAUGACCCGAGAAAAAUGCUCCAGUAACCGUGGAUAUAUUUAUGAUAUCGGUUUUCGGAUAGAUAGUCGAAAUUUUUUGACCGUCUUCAAGGUGUGCUACGACAAUUCUUCGGAAACAACAUUUUUCAGUACACAUCAUAUAAAUGGUCCUGUAGUGAAAUAUUUCGUGAAGGACAGCAGACGGCGUAAUUUCAAAACAACCGGAAUGUCCGCAACCACGAAAGCCGACAAAGUCUACAACAAAAAGAGUCAAAUCGACCGUUUCAGCGAUAUCUUUGGCACCCAACAAAUUUAUAUAAAUAAUUCAAUGCAUCUAUCCCGAGGACACCUAACACCCGAUGCUGACUUUGUAUUCCCCAACUUCCAGCUUGCAACCUAUUUUUACGUAAACGUUGCUCCUGAAUUCCAAUCAGUAAAUGGUGGAAAUUGGGCUCGAAUCGAAUUCAUGGCACGUGAAUUGGCAUCAGAUUACAAGUCUGACUUCACCAUUUAUACAGGAAUCUUUGAAACUCUUUCCCUUCCUAACCGAUUGGGUCAACCGGUCGAAAUAUUCUUAGAUAGUAAUCAUAAGAUAAAUGCUCCAAAAUGGUUUUGGAAGGUCAUUAAAAAUGAAAGGCUCGAUGCUGGCAUUGUUAUGAUCACCCUCAAUAAUCCCUUCGCUAAACGAGAUGAAAUUGUGGAAUUUUGCCCGAAUGUGUGUAAAAGGGCCUCAUUGACAUCAAAACACUUUGAAAUUAUUAAGAAAGGAUACACUUUCUGCUGUGAAGUGAAUGCCUUUAAGAAUGUGGUGCAUGACUUGCCAAGAAAUUUUACAGCUCCUAACUUAUUGGAGUGCGCGAAGGCAAAUUAUCUAUUUGAUAAUGAAGUUCAAUUGCAAUAAAUUUCAUAUUUAUUAUAAUAUAAAUUAUUCUUA